AUGGUCGACCACAGUGUUUCAAUAGAAGACUUCACCCUGCUUAGUGUUAUCGGUAAAGGGUCCUACGGUAAAGUUCUUCUCGUAAGAAAAAACAACACUGGCGAAAUGUUGGCUAUGAAGAUGCUGCGAAAAGAUUUUAUUGCUCGUCGUAACCAAAUCGAACACACACGCACCGAAAGAAGUGUCCUGGAACGGGUAAAUCAUCCUUACAUCGUAAAGCUCAAAUAUGCCUUUCAAAGCCCGAAAAAGCUUUAUUUUGUAUUAGAAUAUUGCCCUGGAGGAGAACUUUUCUUUCACUUAUCGCGAGCACAACGCUUCGAUGAGCCUCGAGCAACUUUUUAUGCUGCUUGUAUGGUUCUUGCUAUAGAACAUCUUCAUUCCCUUAAUAUCGUGUACCGAGAGUAAGCUUUAUUUAGCCUUAAACCUGAAAAUAUUUUAUAUAAGAAUAGAUAAUUUAGGGAAAAAAUAAUUUUUUGAUGGCUGAGGAUUAAGAUUUAUAGGCUAAGGGCUGCAAAAUAAGCAUGGUAAAUGGGGAUUUAUAAGAAAAAUUGUAAUAAAGAUAUAAUUGAUGCUGAAGGUUAUGCAAAAAUAACAGACUUCGGAUUAUCAAAAGAAAAUAUUGUCGAUAACACAGGCGCUCAGUCCUUUUGUGGGACUCCUGAGUAUCUUGCUCCAGAAAUUUUGGCGAAACAAGGACAUGGGAAGGCGGUUGAUUGGUGAAGCUUGGGUGCUUUGAUUUUUGAGAUGCUGACAGGGCUGCCACCAUUUUACACAAGAGACAGAGAAAAACUCUUCAAUAGCAUUUUGCAUGAGGAUAUCAAUUUCCCUUCUUAUCUUUCAAAUGGGUUAUGAGAAAUUUAAGAAAAUUAUUUAAUUUUUUUCCUAAAAAAUUAAAAAAAAUUAAUGAAAAAACCUUCAAAUAAUGCUAAAGAUUUAUUACAAAGAUUAUUUGUAAAAGAUCCUUCACAAAGACUAGGUUGUGGUCCAAACGACAGUGAGCCUAUAAAGUCACACCCAUUUUUUGAAUCAAUCAAUUGGGGAGCAUUGCUGAGAAAAGAAAUGAGACCUCCAUUCUUGCCUAAUCUAAGCAAUGAGCAUGGCCUUAAUAAUUUUGAAGACGAGUUCAAGAAGAUGCCAGCUGUUGACUCUGUCGGAAAAGAUUCAAGAUUGCAAGGCGCAGCUAGUCCGACUUAUCAAGGAUUUAGCUACGUGAAUGAAGGGAUGCCUGACCAAUAA